AUGGCAUGUGACGUACAGUGCUUCACACUGCGACUACCCUCACUGCUCACGCCCAAGAUUCGACUGGGCCCAGGCUCCAAGUUCCUGAUAGCAAUGGGAGAGUUGGCUUCGUUGGAAGCGAGUAUCGUGACCGCCUUGAGAUUAGGAGAUCUAGAGCUGCCUAAGGGGAUCCAGAAUUCUUAUGCUAACUUUGUCGCAGUCCAGAUAGUCACAGCAAUAGCACCUUCAAAAGGUGGCCUGUCCAAGCGCAGUCAGUUCUCUCAUGAAUUACUCAAGAGGGAGAAAAUCGUGACCGUCGAGAAGAGGCUAUUGGAAUACGACAGUACCUCAGGCUUUUUUCUGAGCGACGACAGCAGUGAAGUCCAAAAAUGCGCCGAUUCACUUGCGUUCACUCGGUCAGGUGCCAGGAUAUACGUAUGGCCAUCAUCUUAUCAUCCGCAAGCGACGUGUCAGCCAAGCUGGGCGAUAGUUACUUUACUAGGUGUUCGAUUCACAAGUUUCCGCGCUAAGUAUAAAGCGAUGAUACACAGACUAUAUAUUACGCUGCCAGGGCCUUCAAUGAUGACUUCUCUCCUAGACUUCCGGAUUGUAUUCCGAUCUGUUCGCAUCGAAUCCACUUCAAUUCGGGAGAAGGGGCAUGAUCAGAAUACUUCAGUCGUCGACAACAGGAACAAAAACGUGGGCGAUGAACCGCGGAAUACGCGGAGAUGUAAGAACGGAAAUAUGUCUACUAUUACAUCAUACGCAGACGAUUACGAUCUUUUACGAUCCGCUCAUUGA